CAGAACAGGGCACUCACCAGACGCAUCAACGCAUCGUUUUCAUCUUCCUUCUUGCGGCCUCGGGCAUGCUGCUGCUGAGAGCCAUGAAACUGCUGGCUCAUACGAUGAUUGUACGCCAUGGUGUGUCCGACCGACAGGCUACCCAGGCAAGGUCAAUAGGCGACGGGGAUGUUUAUUAUUAUUAUUAUUAUUUAUAAUGGUCGUUGUUUACCCGCACGAGGGACUGACGGAGCGACCGGAAGGGGACUAGCGCGACUCGGAGGGGUAGGCGGUGCAAACAACCCAAACACUCUUUUGCAGAAUGACUCGUUCAGGCGAGCACAAAAUCCAUAUUGGAUUCUGUCCCAGCUGUUGAAACGUCUACACGGGGUUAUUGCGGCUCGCUGGGGCUGCGUAUAACAGCAAGAUGGCGACUGCUAAGGAUGCUUCGGCUGGUUCCGCCAACAAGCCAUUUGAUAUUGUCGCGACAUACAAUAAUCUCCUGCGCUCUGAUCCCGACUUGACGAUGCCCAUUGCGGCCAUCGAAGCCUUGGUCCUUCUGCUUACACACUCUCCGUCAUCAACAAUAUCUGAGACGCUGGACCUGUUGGAAAAGUCCACAGCCGAUCUGAAGAAAGCCAUCCCGAACCCCAUCGGCCUCUCCGCUGGAACCGACCUUUUCCAGCGGUACCUGAUCACAACGCUGCAGAGACCCGGGCAGCUAGGCCCAGCGGGGGAUUUCAAUGCCAUUCGAGCACACCUUCUGUCGAAUGGACGGCUGUUCAUCCGACGUGCUAAAGAAAGUCGAGACAAGAUUGCGACAUUCGGACGAGGGUUUGUGCGCGAUGGAAGUACUGUCCUCACAAACGGUGGAUCUCGUGUUGUUGCCUCACUGCUGCAACAUGCUGCGGGGGAGAAAGGUGGCCCCUCCGCCGUGCGGUUCCGAGUGAUCUACGUGCUCUCCUCGGCAAAGGGGAACCUGGAGAACCACCACGCAGAGCCAGAGGGCAUGGAAACCGUGCGCGCCUUACGAGCCGCGGGGGUCCCGGUCGCCACGAUCCCAGAAUCUGCCGUUGCCUACUCUUUGGGCAAGGCAGAUGUGGUCAUUGUCGGUGCUGAGGGCGUGGUGGAGAACGGCGGGAUUGUCUCCCGUCUGGGGACGUACCAGAUCGGCCUGCUGGCCAAGGCGAUGGGCAAGCCCUUCUACGUCGUGGCGGAGAGCCACAAAUUCGUCCGUCUAUACCCCUUGGGCCAGUAUGACCUCCCGAUAGAACAGCAUGUCAUCGACUUCAAGACGGACGAGGACCUCACCGACGAAGCUCACCCCAGCGAUUGCACUGACAAGGCUGUUCUCGGCGAGGCUGUCGAUUUCACACCCCCCCAUCUGAUCUCUGCCCUGAUCACAGACAGUGGUGUCCUGACUCCUAGUGCCGUUAGUGAAGAGUUGAUCAAAAUAUGGUUCUAAGAUGGGGACCAAAAGAAAAGAAAAAAAAAUCCAUGACUUGACGCCAGAAUGAUAUCAAUGCAGAUAUCGUAUUUCGACUUGUUAUGGGGGGAAAACCACCCAGUCCGACCGAUUGAUCCAUCACGGCCCUUCAGCCGACCCUGCCACUCUCCUCCGUACACGUCAUAUCAAA